AUAAAUGAGGUGCGCAAAGACUACCUGUUUUUACCAGCAUAGCGCCUCUAACGAAAACUAAAAUGGCGAACAAGACGAAACAAAGCACACUUUCUAGCGUGCGCACUUGUGUUUGCUAAACUAAAGUCCUUCAUUCUUGCUAGUAAUGAGUCAAGUUGAGGUUUUCGGAUUUCACUGAUGAAAAUAAGCGCUCAGAAAUGGAAGUCAUGAAAGACCACUCUAAAAGAUACAAAAAGAUAUCGUUUUUGGGAGAGGGUCAGUUUGCUACAGUUUACAAAGCUGAAGAUACAGAGGAUGACAAUAAGAUUGUUGCUGUUAAAAAGAUUAAACUAGGACACAGAACGGAAGCAAAAGAUGGAAUUAACAGAACAGCUUUAAGAGAAAUAAAACUUUUACAAGAAUUACACCAUGAGAAUAUACUUGGGCUGUUGGAUGUGUUUGGUCAUAAAUCAAGUAUAAGUUUAGUAUUCGAUUUCAUGGUGACAGAUCUUGAGGUUAUUAUAAAAGAUACGUCACUUGUACUCAGUCCUCCACACAUAAAGGCUUUUAUUUUAAUGACUAUUCAAGGUCUUGAAUAUCUCCACAAUAACUGGAUACUCCAUAGGGAUAUGAAACCAAACAAUCUUCUACUAAAUGCAGAAGGUAUAUUAAAAAUUGGUGAUUUUGGAUUGGCUAAGACAUUCGGCUCUCCUAACAGAGUAUACACACAUCAAGUGGUCACUAGGUGGUAUCGUUCUCCAGAGUUGUUGUUUGGUGCAAAAAACUAUGGUACAGGCAUUGAUAUGUGGGCUGUUGGCUGCAUUCUUGCAGAACUCUUACUCAGAGUACCCUUUCUACCUGGUGAAACUGAUUUGGGGCAACUUUCGAAGAUUUUUGAAACACUUGGAACUCCAACAGAUCAAGAUUGGCCUGGAAUGAAAGACUUAUCCGACUUUGUUGAAUUUAAGAAAUUUCCACGUAUUCCGUUUCAUGAAAUUUUCUCAGCAGCUGGAGAUGAUUUACUGGAUUUGCUCGAAAAACUUUUUCUUUACUGUCCCAUUAAAAGAAUAAACUCAACCAAGGCUUUACAACAUCCUUACUUCUCUAAUCGUCCGGCGCCAAGUCCCGGUUCGUUGCUGCCUCGUCCCGGCAUGAAAAAUGAUUUCGAUGACGUGAAAAGUACAAGUAACAUUCUGAAACGAAAGAUGGAGGAUCCGCUAGGCGCAGAUAUUACUGCAAAAAAACUGAUUUUUUAACUGGAAAAAUUUCUAUUGGUUUUGGAGAAUCAGAAACAGAGGAAAUAGCCAUACUGUCGCAAAUUUUCUUGAACUGUCUGGUUAUCACAUGUUGCUAUAAAGACGCACACGGCGUACUAAUAGUAUCCAAGAAAUGCGAAAUCAUGAAAUAGCCUCGUUUUUGUGAUUGAAAUAUUAACAAUGAUGUAAAGAACGCAUUUUUUUAUUAAAAUAAACGGAGGACGAUAUAAUAAAAAAAGAAAGUUCGAUUUUUUGUAAAUUAUUAUAUUUUUGUAAAUAUAUAUUUACAUGUCAA